AUGUUGACCAGGCUGGUCUUGAACUCCUGGCCUGAAGCAGUCCUCCUGUCUAGGCCUCCCAAAGUGUUGGGAUUACAAGAGUGAACCACCGUGCCUGGCCAAUAAUUCCUUUUUAAAAAGCAGCUCACCCUUAUUGUCAUGUGUGGGCUUAAUUGAAGUUCACUUUCAGAAAUCAUUUAUCUUCACACCAGCCGUAUAAAGCAGGCACUGCCGGUCCCAGUCUAUGGUAGAGGGGAGGGCAGAGGAGCCGUGAGGGUGACCAGGCACUGCGGGUCGGCGCUGGGUCUGGGCAGACCAGGACUCCUGCCCCUGGCCAGUCAUGGCAUCUUGACCCCCGGCAGCCCUUGCCGUUGGCAGUGAGCACAUACACAUCUGCACACACCAGCAGCCUUGUGUUGAGCUGGCUGUCAGCCUCCACCCUGCUCCAGCUUGAACCAGGCUGGCUCCUUGCAGGACCAGGAGGGUGUCCACCAACUGGACACGGAGACCAACCCUCCCUCAGCCCUGCCUGGGUUUGAAGGCUGCUGCAGUCAACCCCAGACCCCAGAGCUGAAGGGUUGCCUGUGCUCAGCCCCUGAGCCCCUGCCUCCCGCUGGUCCCUAAGCCCUCCAGACAGGGCUGCAGAGCCACAGCUGCAGCCGCUCCUGGGAGGCUGGGAGCUCAUCAGAGGCCCACACAGCUCUAACUACCACGAGCCUGAUUACAGUUCAACUCCCGGAUUUGCCGAUCAGGUAACAUGGCUGGAUAAACCCGUGACUCAGCAAUCUGUAAGUAAAUAAUUCAACUGCAGAGCCCAGUGCACAGACCACUGCCUGCAGGUCGGCGCCAGAGCCACCACCUCCACUCUCCCAGCCGCUCACGGGAGCCAGAGGGCCCUGCGGUCCUCAGUGGUCUUGCCAGCCCCUCGCCAUCCCAGGGCCCUCUGCACCUGUGAGGACUCCCUCAGGUUGGCCACAGGACCUGACGCUGCAGGAUGGACGAGUCCCCUGAGCCUCUGCAGCAGGACAGAGGGCCGGUGCUGGUCCGACGGCAGCGCCCAGCACCCCAGGGUCUGUGUGAGAUGCUGAAGGCCAGGCUGUGGCGGAGCUGCUCGUGCAGCGUGCUGUGCGCCCGGGCGCUGGUGCAGGACCUGCUCCCCGCCACGCGCUGGUUGCGUCAGUACCGCCCGCGGGAGUACCUGGCAGGUGACGUCAUGUCCGGGCUGGUCAUCGGCAUCAUCUUGGUGCCUCAGGCCAUCGCCUACUCAUUGCUGGCCGGGCUGCAGCCCAUCUACAGCCUCUAUACGUCCUUCUUCGCCAACCUCAUCUACUUCCUCAUGGGCACUUCUCGGCACGUCUCCGUGGGCAUCUUCAGCCUGCUUUGCCUCAUGGUGGGGCAGGUGGUGGACCGGGAGCUCCAGCUGGCCGGCUUCGACCCCUCCCAGGACGGCCUGCAGCCUGGGGCCAACAGCAGCAUCCUCAACAGCUCAGCUGUCAUGCUGGACUGCGGGCGUGACUGCUACGCCAUCCGCAUUGCCACCGCCCUCACGCUGAUGACCGGGCUUUACCAGGUCCUCAUGGGCGUCCUCCGGCUGGGCUUCGUGUCUGCCUACCUCUCACAGCCACUGCUCGACGGCUUUGCUAUGGGGGCCUCCGUGACCAUCCUGACCUCACAGCUCAAGCACCUGCUGGGUGUGCGGAUCCCACGGCACCAGGGGCCUGGCAUGGUGGUCCUCACAUGGCUAAGCCUGCUGCGCAGUGCUGGGCAGGCCAACGUGUGCGACGUGGUCACCAGCACGGUGUGCCUGGUGGUGCUGCUAGCUGCGAAGGAGCUCUCAGACCGCUACCGACGCCGCCUGCGGGUGCCCCUGCCCACGGAGCUGCUGGUCAUCGUGGUGGCUACACUCGUGUCCCACUUCGGGCAGCUCCACAGGCGCUUUGGCUCCAGCGUGGCCGGCGACAUCCCCACGGGUUUCAUGCCCCCUCAGGUCCCGGAGCCCAGGCUGAUGCAGCGUGUGGCCCUGGAUGCCGUGGCCCUGGCCCUCGUGGGCGCGGCCUUCUCCAUCUCGCUGGCGGAGAUGUUCGCCCGCAACCAUGGCUACUCUGUGUGCGCCAACCAGGAGCUGCUGGCUGUGGGCUGCUGCAACGUGCUACCCGCCUUCCUCCACUGCUUUGCCACCAGCGCCGCUCUGGCCAAGAGUCUGGUGAAGACAGCCACUGGCUGCCGGACACAGCUGUCCAGUGUGGUCAGCGCCACUGUGGUGCUGCUGGUGCUGCUGGCGCUGGCACCGCUGUUCCACGACCUCCAGCGAAGCGUGCUGGCCUGUGUCAUCGUGGUCAGCCUGCGGGGGGCCCUGCGCAAGGUGUGGGACCUCCCACGGCUGUGGCAGAUGAGCCCGGCCGACGCGCUGGUCUGGGCGGGCACCGCGGCCACCUGCAUGCUGGUCAGCACAGAGGCCGGGCUGCUGGCCGGCGUCAUCCUCUCGCUGCUCAGCCUGGCCGGCCGCACCCAACGCCCACGCGCCACCCUGCUGGCCCGCAUCGGGAACUCAGCCUUCUACGAGGAUGCCACAGAGUUCGAGGGCCUCGUCCCCGAGCCCGGCGUGCGGGUGUUCCGCUUCGGGGGGCCGCUGUACUAUGCCAACAAGGACUUCUUCCUGCGGUCACUCUACAGCCUCACGGGGCUGGACGCGGGGUGCGUGGCUGCCAGGAGGAAGGAGCGGGGCUCAGAGUGGGAGGUCGGCGAUGGAAGCCCUGCCCAGGGCAAGGACCUGGGUGCGGUUAGCAGCAGGGCUGCGCUGGCGCCUGCGGCGGCCGGCUUCCACACAGUGGUCAUCGACUGCGCCCCGCUGCUGUUCCUGGACGCAGCCGGCGUGACCACACUGCAGGACCUGCGCCGAGACUACGGGGCCCUGGGCAUCAGCCUGCUGCUAGCCUGCUGCAGCCCCACUGUGAGAGAUGUUCUGAGCAGAGGAGGCUUCCUCGGGGAGGGCCCUGGGGACGUGGCUGAGGAGGAGCAGCUGUUUCUCAGCGUGCACGAUGCUGUGCAGACAGCACGAGCCCGCCACAGGGAGCUGGAGGCCACUGAUGCCCACCCAUAGCAGGGCCAGGUCUGUCCAGCAGCCUCUGCUCCCUCCAGGGGCGCCCACAGCAGACGUCUGCAAGCCACUGCUGAGACCCUUCCCAGGGAGGAGCCGCCCAAGAGCUGCACUCUUGUGCCACAGCUGCCCUGGGGAAACCGGGGAACCCCGACUGGGGAAGGAGGCCCUCUGAUCACACGCAGGACCCAAACACUCAGAAAUCAAGAACUUCUGCCUCCAAGACAGGCUGGCCCAUAGUGCUGGCUGGGUCUCAAUGCUCCACACCCUUGCUGUCCCUCGGCUCAGAAGGGAUGGGCCUGGCCUGACGCUCGGGGUUGACAUCUUAUUUGAACAAGGGCCCCCCAACAUUAUGCAGCCUCCAAGGUGCCAAGAGGACCCCCUAUGCCCUGGCCUGCCUAGUGCCCAUCCUGCUGUUAGGAGCCAGCGGCUCCGGCCAAGAGCAUGAGGGUCUCUGUGUUUCCAGAAGGCCCCACACACCCAAGUGCCCCUCGCACCUUGUGCUUCCCUGUCACAGGGUGGCCACCUGCACCAGCAUCAGGGCCCAGGGUGCUGUGACCAGUUAAGACCUCCCCUCAGUUCUCAGGUGCUGGCCCUGCCCAGCCCAGUCAGCAAACACACACAGGGAUGCUCAUGGGUGCACGAGGAGACAGGUGCGGCACAGCCCACCCUGAGCUUCCAGGGAGACCUGCAGGAAGCCCACCGUGCCCCAUGCAGGGGCUCCCUCCAGCACACAGCCCUCACCCCAGCACAGCCAGCAAGGACACGGUGCUUCGGCGGAAAGUGGGGAACAAGGGGUCUUCUGAGCAGCCCCCAGCCCUGCCCCUACCGUCUGUGCCUCUGUAAGGGGCUCUGGGACACCCAGGCCCCACCCGUAGCCCACCUGGUGGUGACAAGCUCCAGCAGCCAGUGGGUCCGGACCUGCUCGAUGCCACGGUGAGGGACGGCGCCCACAUAGGCGAGGUUGAGUUGCUGGUCCCAGCUGAGGACGUACUGGUCAGCCUGGCUGUGUGGCAGCGGGGGGCUGGGGACAGCAAAGGGGCGGCUCAGUCCCGAGCCUCAGCAUGGCUGGCAGCGCGGCCCACACACAUGUUCAAGCCCAGGACUGCCCGGGCGCGGGAUUCAGGCGCUGCGCGUGCGCUCAGUGACUAAUAAAAUGACCCUUAGGACCAAC